AUUCAGACGCACCGUUAGCUUCUGUACAGCAAAUAAGAACCUUAAAAUUUACUCCUGUAAAUAUUCAGUUUAGUAGUUAGCCAUUAAAGUUUUCAUUUUAAAGUUUUAAAGAAAAAUACGUUUAUUUAUUUAUUUAUUGAAAAGCCUUCUUGUGUUUUUAACUGACACCAGCUGAGGUUGGCUGUCCAGACUACAGAACAUCGUCCUGGACUCAACAUCUUUAACCAGGAUUAUUCAAAACUUCUAGCAUACAUGACAUGACUGCUGAUCACAGUGUGUUGCAGUAUAUAACCUUUCCUUAUCCAGAGAAACCAUGGAAGCUAAACAGGCACUUCAAGCUCAAACCUUUUCCGCUCAGGAAUUAGAGAUAAAAAAUGCUCAGCUGAGGAGAAUCCUGAGCACCGCAGAGCAGGAGAAAGCCUCACUCAUCCUGGAGAACAGAAAGCUUAUAAACGAGCUAGAGACUCUGCAGCUUGAGUUGGCUAGCUCCAAAACCAAAGUGUCUGUUUUGGUAUCCAUGGUUGGAUCCAAAACCUCCAGCAUGUCGCAGAUGAAGGAGGAGUUGGCACAUCUCAAGGCAGAGCUGCAGACUAUGCGAAUUUCACACAGAGAUGUUGGUAAAAAGCUGAAAGAGACUCAAGAAGUUCUUGCCAUGAGGAAUAAAGAGGUGAAGCAGCUAAAGGAGGAGCUGGAUAAACAGACCUGCCAAAGUAUCAGCCAGUUACAGAAAGACGCAGAGCAUGUGCAGGAUCUGAUCGCUAAAGUAAAUAAGACAGAUCAACCGGAAGCAGAUCUGAAGAUGCAUCUAAAUAAGGUGACCCAGUUGGAGAAACAGCUUGAGGAUGAAAAGGGCUCAGCUUCCAGAGAGCUGAAGAAAACAGAACAGAGAGUUCUGGAGGCUAAACAGGACGUCCAGAUACACCCGAGACACAGAGCUAAACCCUGCAGCUCUGUCACCCGGCUACAGGAGGAAAUGAACAAGUACAGAGGUGAGCUGAGCGAAAAGGAGAGGGAGCUGCUGAAGAUCCGCAGGGCCAGCGGAGCUAAAGCAUCCCAGCUGGCUCAGAUGGAGAAGAUGCUGCAGGAGACCAAAGGCAUGCUGGAGAAGAAAAACGAGAUGGGUAUGGAAAAAGAGGCUUGCGGGGACACCAUGGUAUCUGAGCUGGAGGAAAAGGUGCAGCGCAGUAAGCGGGAGCGGCGUAACUCUCUGCACCGCACUCAGCUGCUGGAGAGUCAGAUGAAGACGGUGCGAGGCGAGCUGGUGGAUACGCUGGACCAUCUGCAGGCACUCAGAGACGUGUUGCGCCGCUCCCAGCAGAAAGCAGAGGAGCGUCAAGCAGCCAUGGAGAAACUGACCUCCGAGCUCAGGGAAACAAGAGGACAGGUGGAGCUGUUGAGAAAAGAGGUUAAGGACAAAGAUGAGGCGAUCAAAGAAAGAGAGAACAGGCUUCAGCAAACAGCACAAGAGGAGAGCAUGAUUAAGCUUGUAGAGGAGAGACUUCAGGAGAAAGCCCAAAAUGAGGAGUCCCAACUGCAGAGCACUGUUUCUACCCUCACUCAGGAACUCCACACACUCCAGACACAGCACCAGGCAAUGUUCUGUGCUAUUCAGGAGACCCGUGCUGAGGUUCUGAAGGUGUCGGAUCAUGUGGCGAAUGCUUCUCAUCAAGGUCAUUUGAGUGAGGAGCUGCAGUGCAGCAGAGCUCAACUGGAGCAGGCCUACAAUAAGAGCGCCGCCCUGCUGGAUGAUCUGCGUGAGCAUGAGCAGUUGCUUCAGUACACCAGUGAGGCUCUGCUGGUGAAGGAGUCAGAAAUCACACGUCUAAAGACGAGGCUGUCCAGUAUAGAAAGAUCCACAAAGCUUCAGUUCAAUACUCCAAGCUCAGACAUCAGAUCUGACCUUUUCAACGUUACACGAACAACCCCAGAGGGAAUCAAAAGCUCCGUUCUUAGAGUGGACCAGUACACCAGACCAAACCAAUACACAACACCGUGACUCCACUGACCCUACAGAAGCAGGCAGGCACCAAAUACAAAUCCAGCCUGAGAUUCUUAAUCACUAACAGUGAAGAUACUCCUGAUUCAUUCUCAGAGCCUCAGUCACUUAGGUAUUGAACUUUCUAUUAUAAAUAAAACCUUGCUGCUUUCAUUAUU